AUGCAGACAGUCCACCCACGGACCCUUAGGACAAGCAGGGCUCCCAGCUCUUGCAUGCCUUGGCUCUUCGGCUUCCACGAGUGCGGCUGCGCAUGCCAGACGCUCGAUGCCGUCAUCUGUACCGGACUCUGCUCGACUACUGGACGCACAUUGGACAAGGGACCUUCACCUUACCGUGCCACUAGCUCAACAGAAGCUCUCAAAAGCAAAGCUAUCCUCGAUGUCCAGAUGCAGCCAAUGAAUGUGACAAAUGGUUCACUUGUGCGAGAUACGAACAGCGAGGGCAGGGGUUCGCGACGACCCGCCAGCAUCUCCGGAUACGCCUGGACACCUGACUUUGCGGAGUGUUUCCCUCUGCAUGUGCUUGGAAGGGAAAUGUAUCCACUGCAGAGUAGCGGAGGUCUCCUAGCCUACAACCCGCGAGACUGGAUUACGUUUCCCACGAUGUCUACCGUAUGGGAUUGUGGGUUUGCUGAGGAUCUGGACGUCUGGACCCACGUCGCAAGGCCCGGUUCCUGA